GAGUUAGCUUGAUUCUUAAAACAAGAAAAAAGUGAGAACAAAAGCAAGUAAAGAGAUAUAUAUUUUGGUGAAAAAUAUGACAAGUAUUACAUCUCAUUCUAUUUGGGUGUGGAUGAUGGCAAUGGUAGUAUCAGUGUUGGUGAAUGAAAUGUGUUGCCAUGGGUGUUGGGAGGAGGAGAUGAUUGCUCUGCUGCACCUCAAAGCUUCCAUGAACUACCCAAAUGGAAACUCUUUGCCUUCUUGGGUGGAUAAUAAAUCAUCCAAUUGUUGUCAAUGGGAAAGGGUUGAAUGCAGCGACACGUCCAAUCGAGUCAUUCAACUCUCUCUUAAUGGAACAAGAGAGUGGAUAUCUAGAAAAGAUUGGUAUUUCAACGCUUCUCUGCUUCUUCCCUUUAAAGAGAUCAAGACUCUUGAAUUAAGUGACAAUGCAUUAGUUGGUUGGACUAAGAAUGAAGGUUUCGAAAAACUUUCUACGUUGACCAAUCUCGAAGUUCUUGAUUUGAGUUACAAUGAGAUCAAUAACUUCAAAAUUCUAGAAUUUAUUGGUGGAAUUUCAUCAUUAAAGUCUCUAAAUCUUGGACAUAAUUAUAGAUUGGAAAGUUCGUAUGAUUUGACAAGUUUCGAAAAGCUUUCUAUGUUGACCAAUCUUGAAGUUCUUGAUUUGAGUUUCAACUGGAUCAAUAAUUCCAAAAUUCUAGAAUUUAUUGGUGGAAUUUCAUCUUUAAAGUCUUUAAAUCUUCAAGAAAAUGAAUUGGGAAGUUUGGUUGAUUUGACAAGUUUCAAAAAGUUUCGUACGUUGACCAAUCUUGAAGUUCUUGAUUUGGGGUACAAUGGGAUCAAUAAUUCUAAAAUUCUAGAAUUUAUUGAUGGAAUUUCAUCUUUAAAGUCUCUAAAUCUUGAAGGUAAUAGCUUGGGAAGCUCAGUUGAUUUGACAAGUUUCAAAAAGCUUUGUACGUUGACUAAUCUUGAACUUCUUGAUUUGGGGUACAAUGGGAUUAAUAACUCUAAAAUUCUAGAAUUUAUUGAUGGAAUUUUAUCUUUAAAGUCUCUAAAUCUUAGAGGUAAUAGCUUGGGAAGCUCGGUUGAUUUGACAAGUUUCAAAAAACUUUCUGUGUUGACCAAUCUUGAAGUUCUUGAUUUGAGUGAAAACGAGAUUAAUAACUCCAAAAUUCUAGAAUUUAUUGGUGGAAUUUCAUCUUUAAAGUCUCUAAAUCUUAGAUGGAAUAGCUUGGGAAGCUCGGUUAAUUUGACAAGUUUGAAUCAGGAAUCAAAGUUGACGAAUCUAGAAAUUCUUGAUUUAUCUGGUAAUUCGAUAACCAACAUCCUAUGGUCUUCUUUAAAAGAAUUUUCUUCAUUGAAAAUAUUGGAUUUAUCUGAGAACUACAUGAACGAGAGUAUUUCUAUUCAAGACUUAGAAAAUGUGAGCCACUUGGAAGAAUUGUACUUGGACCGUGCUACCCUACCCAAUGAUUUUCUUUCAAGCAUUGGUGCCAUGACAUCACUUCAAGUUUUGUCAUUGGCUUGGUCAGGACUUAUUGGGACCCUGCCCUCUCAUCAAGGUUUGUGUGAAUUGAAGACUCUUCAAGAGAUUGAUUUGAGCUUUAAUGGACUAAGGGGUCAGGUGCCUUGGUGUUUGAGAAACUUGACAUCUCUUAAGUUUUUGGAUAUCUCUAACAACCAAUUUAUUGGAAAUAUUGCAUUGUCUCCUCUUGCUAAUAUCAUAUCCUUAGAAUAUCUUAUGCUUUCAAAUAACAAAUUUCUAGUCCCAAUCUCAUUCAAGUCAUAUUACAACCUCUCCAAACUUGUGAUUCUAGAAAGUGUCAACAACAUACUUUUAGAAGAAAAUGACAUUCUUGGCUCAUCCCCAAGUUUCCAAUUACUUCAAAUCCGUCUUUCUAGUUCUGAACAUGGGAGAAACAUUUCCAUGUCCUUGCCCAAUUUUUUCUAUUAUCAAAAUCAACUCAAAAUGGUUGAGCUCUUUGGAUUUGGUUUUGGAGGAACAUUCCCAUUGUGGUUGCUAGAGAACAAUACCGGAUUACUAACAUUUACCCUAUCAAAAAAUUCAUUUUCUGAACCUUUCCAAUUGCCCUCGUCUCCAAUAACAGAACUUGUAGCAUUAGAUAUCUCCAAUAAUAAUUUUUGUGGCGUCAUCCCAUACAAGAUUGGUAGUUCUUUCCCCAAGUUAAAAUUGUUAAACAUGUCUAGAAAUAACUUUGAAGGCAUAAUUCCAUCUUCACUAGGUGACAUGACCUCUCUUUAUAUGCUAGACUUGUCAAAUAACCAUUUAUCUAGUAAAAUUCCUGUACAUUUGGCAAUGGGUUGUAGCCUCUUGGAAGUGCUGAAAUUAUCAAGCAACAGCUUGACAGGCCCUAUACUACCCCCUCAAAAUGACUUGUCUAACUUAAAGAUCUUGCAAUUGGAUGAUAAUAAGUUCACAGAAAUCCCUCACAACUUAUCCAAUAGUAGUGGCUUGAGCCUAUUGAAUCUUAGCCAUAAUCAUCUUGAAGGUGAGUUUCCCAUUGAGUUUUGUCAAUUUGAUCAACUAAGUCUAUUAGAUCUUUCUGACAAUAAUUUCACUGGAACAAUACCGUCUUGCUUCAAUGUGGAAAAGCUAGUGCAAAUUCAGCUAUCCAAUAAUAGGCUAAAUGGACCAUUUCCAGAGGUGUUCCAUCAAUUAACGUACUGGAUAAACAUGAUAGAUCUUUCAAAUAACCAUUUUAAUGGCAGCAUUCCGAAUUGGAUCAAUAGUCUUUCCUGGUUAAGCAUUUUUAUCUUGAAAAAUAACCACUUUGAAAGUAAUAUCCCAGAUCAGAUGUGCCAAUUGUCUGGAUUAACCUUGAUUGAUCUUUCUUUCAAUAAGUUGUCGGGCAGCAUUCCUCGUUGCUUGAAUAACCUCACAUUUGAGCUAGAAAAUGGAAUGAGUUAUUUUUCUAGAUUAUAUUGUAUCGAAGUACCCUUGAAGCCUAACCUAAAGAUUUAUGGUCAUCAUGGUUACUCAACUUGUAUCAACAACAAUGACCCUCUGUUGACAAGGAGAGGACUUCUCUUAUCACAAUUAAUGGAGUUCACAACCAAAGGAAUGACCUUGUCUUAUACAGGAGAGCCUAUGUUCCUUUUUUCAGCAAUUGAUCUCUCCAACAACAAAUUAGUUGGCCACAUACCACCUGAAAUUGGCAACCUUAGCAAAAUCAAAGCAUUGAACCUCUCCCACAACAACCUGAUUGGAGGAAUCCCCACAACAUUUUCCAAGUUACAGAAUAUAGAGAGUUUGGAUCUUUCUCACAACAACUUGAAUGGAAAUAUCCCCUCUCAGCUUACUGAUCUGUGCUCACUGGUGACAUUCAAUGUGUCUUAUAACAACUUUAGUGGAAGGAUACCUCAAGCAAAAAACCAAUUUGGAACUUUCGACUCAAGUAGCUAUAUUGAGAAUCCAUUUCUUUGUGGAGAACCAUUACGAAAUAACUGCAUGGAUUCACCUUUAUCAGUUCCAUCAGCCAAUAACAAUGCAAGUGCAAUAUCCAACUUUAUCGAUGUGGACACUUUUUAUAUGAGCUUUGCAGGGUCUUACAUAGCUAUUUUACUAGCUAUUGUGGGAAUUUUUUAUAUAAAUCCACAUUGGAGACGAGCACGGUUCCAUGUUAUUGAGGUUUUCAUCAUCUCUAGCUACUACUUUGUUGUGGAUAAUAUGUGGAGAAUCAAAGUUGGUUUUCUUCGUAAGUACUGAUAAUCACCCAAGUGAAGUAAUAAUGUUGUUGUAUGUAUAUCCUACUAAA